AAAGAAGUAGAAAAUCAUCAUCAUAUUCAUCAUCAUCAUCAUCUUCAAUCACCAAACAUUUCCACUCAACAAAAGAAACAAUCAUCAUAAACAUGAACAUAAAACAUCAUCUCCAGCCAACCAGCACUCCUAAAAAGCAACCAUCAAACCUCUUCAUUUCAUUCCAUCCUUAAAAUCAAGAAAUCUCAUUCUUCCUGCCCACAAUCACAUAUCACAAUUAACCACCAUGAAUCACCUUAUGCCAGCAUUCAAUCUCUUCAUUAUCUUCUUGUUCCUUUGUCUACCCGUUUUUUGCUCAGCUGCCACGGCUAACCUUCCUCUCCAACUUGUUUCACUUCUUUCUCUUAAGACAUCUCUAACAGACCCAUUGAAUACCUUUCAAGAUUGGGAUCCCUCGCCUGCAUUAUCUAAACCAGGAUUUGAACCCGUUUGGUGUAACUGGUCUGGUAUAAAAUGCAACCCGAAAACAUUUGAGAUCAAUACAUUAGAUAUCUCCAACAGAAACCUCUCUGGAACCAUUCCAGAUAACAUCAAGUACUUAACACACAUACACCAUUUAAACAUCAGUGUCAAUUCUUUCUCAGGGACUCUACCACAGUCCAUUUUCGAGCUCACUUUUCUUCGCACUCUAGACAUCAAUCAUAACUAUUUCAAUUCAACAUUUCCACCCGGGAUUUCGAAACUCAAGUUUCUUACUUUCUUUAAUGCAUAUAGCAACAAUUUCACCGGGCCGUUGCCCAUAGAGUUUGUUGGCUUGCGUUUUUUGGAACAUCUUAAUCUCAGUGGAAGCUACUUUGAAGGUAAAAUUCCUAAAACUUACGGCGGUUUUAAUAAACUGAAGUACUUAUACUUGGCUGGUAAUAGCCUAAGUGGUGAAAUUCCAUCCGAGUUAGGGCAUAUCACAUCUCUAGAACAUUUACAAAUCGGAUACAAUGCUUUCUCUGGCACGGUACCAAUAGAAUUUGCUUUGUUGUCAAAUUUGUCUUUCCUUGACAUUUCGGGUGCAAAUCUUUCUGGUGAAUUUCCUGUCACAUUAACUAACUUGUCGAAGCUAGAGACGUUGCUGAUUUUCAAAAACAACUUGUAUGGUGAAAUACCAUCAAGUAUUGGCAAUUUGAAAGAUGUAAGGGUCCUCGAUUUGUCGAAUAAUAAAUUCUCAGGGAGCAUACCAGAAGAAAUAUCUUCAUUGAAGAAUCUAAUGGAGCUGAAUUUGAUGAACAACGAUUUAACAGGCGAGGUCCCAGAAGGUAUUGGUGAGCUUCCGCGGCUUGAGUUUCUGUCUCUAUGGAACAAUUCACUCACUGGAAUUCUGCCACAAAAACUAGGUUUGAAUUCUAGAUUACAAAAACUUGAUGUAUCUUCAAAUUCUUUAACUGGUCCAAUUCCACCAAAUCUGUGUUUGGGGAACACUCUAGUAAAACUCAUACUCUUUUCCAACAAACUUUCGGGUGCUAUUCCAUCAUCUUUAGCUAACUGCACCUCGCUAUUGAGGUUUCGUGUGCAAAAUAACAGACUAAACGGGUCAAUUCCUGUCGGGUUUGGGCGUUUACCUAAUAUUACUUUCAUGGAGAUGAGUGAUAACAAUUUCACGGGACCAAUUCCAUCAGACUUAGCAAAUGCGGUUAGAUUAGAGUAUCUAAACAUAUCUGGAAAUUCAUUUGGAAGCGGAUUACCAUCAAAUAUCUGGAGUGCACCAAGUUUACAAAUAUUUUCUGCUAGCUCAAGUAAACUCACAGGUAAAAUCCCAAAGUUUCAAGGCUGUGAUAACUUCUACAAGAUAGAAAUCGCGGGGAACCAAUUGAGUGAUAGCAUUCCUUGGGAUAUUGGUCAUUGUAUGAAGUUGAUUACAUUGAACGCAAGGCAUAAUUCAUUGACAGGCAUCAUUCCAUGGGAAAUCUCGACUCUGCCUUCGAUAACAGAAGUCGAUCUUUCACAUAAUUUCUUUACUGGUACAAUCCCUUCUACUUUUGGUAACUGUAGUACUUUAGAAAGUUUCAACGUUUCGUACAAUCAGCUCACGGGGGCUGUGCCUACGUUCGGGCCUGCAUUUUCAAGUUUACAUCCGUCUUCAUUCACCGGAAAUGAAGGACUUUGUGGUGGAGUACUCAAGAAGCCGUGUGGUUCUGAACCUGAAGCAGACAUAAAGCCACAGGAGCCAAAGAAGACUGCUGGGGUGCUUGUUUGGAUAUUAGCUGCCGCUUUUGGUGUAGGCCUUUUCAUCCUCCUAGCCGGAAGCAAGUGCUUCCGUGCAGCAUACCAGCGACGGUUCGUGGUAGAAGAAAGAGAGGUUGGGCCGUGGAAAAUAACUGCCUUCCAGCGCUUAAAUUUCACAGCAGAGGAUGUGGUAGAGUGCUUAUCAAUGACAGAUAAGAUCCUCGGGAUGGGAUCCACUGGAACUGUGUACAAAGCCGAGAUGCCAAGUGGUGAGAUCAUAGCCGUUAAAAAACUGUGGGGGAAACACAAGGAGACAAUCAGACGAAGGCGAGGGGUUUUGGCCGAGGUGGAAGUUUUAGGUAACGUGAGACACAGGAAUAUCGUGCGAUUGUUGGGAUGCUGCAGCAACAGAGAGUCCACGAUGCUAUUAUACGAGUAUAUGCCUAAUGGAAGCUUAGAUGAUCUGCUACAUGGAAAGAACAAAUGUGAUAAUUUAAUAGCCGAUUGGCUAACUCGUUACAAGAUAGCAUUGGGCGUGGCACAGGGGAUUUGCUACCUUCACCAUGAUUGUGAUCCAGUGAUCGUUCACCGUGAUCUAAAACCGAGCAAUAUCCUACUGGAUGGAGAGAUGGAAGCCCGAGUGGCUGAUUUUGGUGUCGCAAAGCUAAUCCAAUGCGACGAAUCAAUGUCCGUGAUUGCCGGAUCCUAUGGUUACAUUGCACCAGAAUAUGCAUACACUUUGCAAGUUGAUGAAAAAAGUGAUAUAUAUAGCUUUGGAGUGGUUCUAAUGGAAAUAAUUAGUGGUAAAACAUCGGUGGACUCUGAAUUCGGCGAUGGGAAUAGUAUUGUGGAUUGGGUGAGGUCAAAAAUGAAAAGCAAGGAAGGGAUCAAAGACGUAUUGGAUAAAAACGCAGGGGCUUCGUGUAGCUCAGUUAGAGAGGAAAUGAUGCUGCUACUAAGGGUGGCAUUACUAUGUACAAGUAGAAACCCAGCUGACAGACCUUCGAUGAGGGAUGUGGUAUCAAUGUUACAAGAGGCAAAACCAAAGAGGAAGUCGCCUGAUAAUGGUAGAGUGGUGGUUAAUACCGGUGCUAAACCUCCCCCACCACCACAAAAGGAGACUGCGGACUGUUGAUAAAUUCGUCAUUUUAUUUAUUUUUCUUAGUUAACUUUUAAUUUUGGGGAUCACUAUGGGUUUGUUCUUUUCUUUUUGCCUUUUUCUUUUUAGCUUAGUGGUGGGGAUUGGUAUAGAAGAAGUAAAUUUCUUUUUGUAAUCGAUGAAUGAAAAACGUCAAGUCGUGGGUCAACUAUUGUUAGGGUGAUUCUUGUAUUUUACGAAAUGGCUUGAUGUAUGUGUGCAUUGAAAAUGGUCUAAAAAUUAGUGAGGAUGAUGGACUUGUAGAAGUACAAACGUUUCCUUUUUUUAUCCACCCUGAAACUUAAACUGUUGUCUUGAAUGAUUAAUUUUAGUUUUAAUUCAGGAUAAAUGUUACA